AUUCAAAUAUUUUUUUAAGCACUAUUUAUUUGAGAAACAGUUUAAUUUUCGCAUAUAUAAUUAAGAGUGUUGCAUACAUUAUUCGGAUUAGUUUUUUUCAAAUUUUAUUUGUUCGGACCAAUUUUUGGUAGUCUCCUUAUACAAGUGCGGUUCACAGGACAAUGUUAAUACAAAUAAUUCUAGUGUUCAUAGUCGUGUGGAUGUGUGUGCUACGAUAUCAGAAAAGGAAUAUGGUGGAACUGUCUCACAAGCUCCCAAUGACAAAAUACAGGCCUUUGCCGUUAAUUGGACAUGCUUACAUAUUCUUUGGAAGUGAUGAAGAUCGUAUGGAAAUGUUUCAAAAACUAGGCCGUGAAGCAAUUGCUAAUGAUGAAGGAAUAGUAUCAGUGUGGCAAGGACAAAAGCUUUAUGUCGUGUCAGCUGAUGUUAAGAUUGCUGAACUGAUUCUGAAAUCUUGCCUCGAGAAAGAUGAUGCGCUGAAGUGCCUGCAGAUGUUGACAGGCAAUGGAAGCGUUUUUGCACCAGUAAAGAUCUGGCGUCCCCGUCGCAAGGUCCUCGCUCCGACCUUCAGUCCCAAAAACCUGGCGCAGUUCGUGGAGAUCUUCUCUCGCCAGAGCAGCAUCAUGGCGGAACAGCUCCAGUCGGCUGCCGGGACCGGAGCCUUCUCCAUAUGGAACUAUAUCACCACAUAUACCAUGGACUCUGUUUGUGAGUCUACAUUGGGCGUAGCAGUGAACUCUCAAAAGCAAAUCGAACAGCCUUUCCUGAAAAGAUUCGAACUCCACACACAGUUAGACUCGGCGCGCCUCGUCCAGCCCUGGUUCCACAGCGAGGCGGUCUACAAGAUCACACCGACUUACAAGAAACACGCGAAAUGCAGGGACUACAUCUGCGAGUUUGUUGACCAGAUAAUAAAAAAGAAGCGGCAAUCACUAGCGGAUGAAAAAGAAGCUAUGGUUGAAUCUGACCAAGAUUUGAAACAAGACAAGGAAGGCCUCAAAACAUUCUUGGAGCUCCUUAUCGAGACUUCGGGAGGUAACCGAGGGUACACCAACAUAGAGCUACGAGAGGAGACCCUGGUGCUGGUCCUGGCUGGCACUGACACGUCGGCGGUGGGAGCUGCCUUCACAUCCGUACUGCUAUCCAGACAUCCGGAUAUUCAAGCGAAGGUUUAUCAAGAAUUGCAAGAAGUAUUCGGAGACUCCGACCGGCCCAUAGUAGCGGAUGAUCUGCCGAGACUGAAGUACCUAGAUGCCGUGAUCAGGGAAACAUUGCGGUUAUAUCCCUCAGUGCCAAUUAUUGCCAGGAAAAUUGACAAGGAAGUCACUUUACCAUCUGGAGUAACUCUGGUAAAAGGUUGUGGCGCAGUGAUCCACAUCUGGGCGGUCCACCGCAACCCGCGCUACUGGGGAGAGGACGCGGAGGAAUUCCGACCUGAACGGUUCCUGGACUCCACACUCAAGUAUCCGGCAGCCUUCAUGGCCUUCAGCCAUGGACCUAGAGCUUGUAUCGGAUAUCAAUACGCGAUGAUGUCAAUGAAGACUGCCAUGGCGGCACUGCUCCGCCAGUACCGGAUCCUGCCAGCGACAGACACCUACGACAUGGACAAACCCUUAAGGCUGAAGUUCGAUGUGAUGAUGAGGGAUGUCCACCAUUUCACAGUUCAAUUAGAACCGAGGAGAAAGGUCUGACUCUAUUUAGAAUGAACUUGGUUUAGGUCCGAAUGUCUGAUACACAUCCAUAGUUUGUGAGAAAUGUGAGCUAUAUUAUACUUAGAUGGUUAGAUAACAAGUAAAUUCAGAAAGUGGUAUUGCUGCACGAUAGACAUACACCUUUCUGACCAAUUAUUUUAAACAAUUAUUUUAAUGGGCAAAUUACCCCUCUCUUUUACCCUACUCUACCUUUUUUGACAUCUUCACAAGCUAUCGUUAUUGGAAAAAUGGCUGGUGAAUUGGGCGUUUUAUGAGG